AGAUGGUGCUGCUAUUACAUCCCAAAUUUUCUCAUUUGAAUAUAAUCCCAUGAAUCCAGGUUCACAUUUGUGUCACCACGUGUCUCCUCAUGCAACAUUUUGUGUGGUCGAUAACAGAGGAUCCAAUCCAAUCCAUGAUAACUUAGCAACUUAAUAAAAUCUAAGGGAAAAAUAUAAAAUUUUGCCAAAUAGAUUGAGAAAUUAGUAAGAGCCACAGCUGAGAAUGAGAUAGGAUAAGAGUUUAGAAGAAUGUUUAGUUUCCACAAAAAAAAAUAUAAUAAAAUAAAAUAAAUUGUUGAGAAAAUUAUUCCAACGGUUAUGUCAACUUCUUGCCAUCCAAUCCUUAAAUAUAAUAUAUGUAUUUUUCUUUUCAUUUAUCUAUUUAUUUCCCCUCCCUAAAUCACUUAUUUAUACUCUACAUAUAAUUUUCUGAUAUCCUUUACUCAAUCAUCAAUCUUCUUCAUUGCAAGUAAAAACACUAGAAAAUGGAACAGAAGACUAACCAACGCAUUGCAAAGAUCUCAGGUCAUCUUUACCCUUCAAAUUCCCAGAUUAUGGAAGAUAGUUCUGAGGUGAUGAUGAGAGCUAACUGCCGAGCCAAAGGUGGAGCUCCGGGCUUCAAAGUGGCUAUAUUGGGUGCUGCUGGAGGCAUAGGCCAACCUCUGGCAAUGCUAAUGAAAAUGAAUCCACUUGUUUCAGUUCUUCAUCUCUAUGAUGUUGUUAACUCCCCUGGUGUCACAGCUGAUAUCAGUCACAUGGACACUGGUGCUGUGGUGAGGGGUUUUCUGGGGCAACCACAGCUUGAGAGUGCUCUUACAGGAAUGGACCUUGUAAUCAUUCCUGCUGGUGUGCCAAGAAAGCCAGGAAUGACUAGGGAUGAUCUUUUUAAGAUCAAUGCUGGAAUUGUUAAGACACUUUGUGAAGGAAUUGCCAAGAGCUGCCCCAGAGCAAUUGUUAACUUGAUCAGUAACCCUGUUAAUUCAACGGUUCCAAUUGCGGCAGAGGUUUUCAAAAAGGCUGGAAUAUAUGAUCCGAAGAGACUUCUCGGGGUCACAAUGCUUGAUGUUGUCAGAGCAAACACUUUUGUUGCAGAAGUUCUGGGACUUGAUCCUAGGGAAGUUGAUGUGCCUGUCGUUGGAGGUCAUGCAGGAGUGACAAUCUUGCCACUUCUGUCACAGGUGAAGCCUCCCUCUUCCUUCACCCAACAAGAAAUAGAAUACCUGACCGAUCGCAUUCAAAAUGGUGGAACAGAAGUUGUCGAGGCAAAAGCUGGGACUGGCUCCGCAACUUUGUCAAUGGCAUAUGCAGCUGUUAAAUUUGCUGAUGCAUGUCUUAGAGGACUGAGAGGAGAUGCUAAUGUUGUGGAAUGCUCUUUUGUAUCUUCUCAGGUGACAGAACUUCCUUUCUUCGCAACCAAGGUUCGGCUAGGCCGUAGUGGAGCUGAAGAAGUUUUCCAACUUGGGCCACUAAAUGAGUACGAGAGGAUUGGAUUGGAGAAAGCAAAAAAGGAGUUGGCAGAAAGCAUUCAGAAGGGGGUAUCAUUCAUCAAGAAAUAAAAUGAAGGCAGUCAGUGAAAUUGUUCUUAUGUAAUUAUAAUGUAUUAUAACAAGUAGUUUGUAUCUGGAACCACCUGAUGGAAACGAAUCUACUUUGUUAUAUGAUUAUAGCAGAUUUCGGAACCAGACAAUUUACAACUAUCAGCUUGAGGCCAUGAGUUAAGAUCAUGUUAAAUAAAACAUAAAAAAGUUCUUCUUUCUUAAAUUCAA